CCUGCAGCAAGGUCAGGCGACUCCGAUUUUUUUCUCAUGUCUCUGCAACUCGCCACUUCUCGCGCAGCCUCGCCGCGAAAAAGAGUCAGCGCGUUUUUUUCUCUUGCCGGCCCGGUUGUCCCCACGCCGUUCUCUGCUCUGUUUCCGGCGUUUUCUUGCGGAUCAUGGGGCACGCUUUCGGUGGCGACCCUCUCCGGUUUCUUUGGCACAUCUUUCCUCGCUUGGUUCGCGGUCAAUGCUCGCUUCCUAACUCAUUUCUGUGUGAUUGAGCGCCUUUCUUUUUUUUCGCUUUUUGUGGGGUCGACAAGCCCCGUAUACUGCAUGCCCUUUCUCUCUCUGCGCGUAUUUGAUUCUCUCGCGUUUCCUAGGGUCAGCGCCUUUGUAUCCUGCGUUUUCCUUUUUUCUACGUGUUCCUUCCUGCUAAAGUGAAGUUCCGGAGUUUUUUCUCGUGCACGCCGUUAGAAAUCUUCGUCCCGUUCCACCCUAUUUCUCCACGACACGGCCACUCAAGUAGAGGCCGAUUUUUCGCACUUGCUUUUGCCUGUCACACACUGCCGCUCUUCGAGAGGGCGCGAGAGCGCCUCCUUUCGCUCUCUUCCCUCUCUCGUUCGCCCCCGCCGUUUACCGCGGCGUCUGCAGGCGAGACGAAAAGGGGGACCAACUCUUCCUCUUGCGCGUCGCCCGCGAUGGAGACCGACGUCGUUUGCUGCAGAUGCGUGGAGGUGAAGGCAGUCGGCGUGGAGUCGCUGGCGGCGAGUCCUGACAGUCGGUGGUUGGCUGUCGCGCGAACGAAUGGAACAGUGGAAAUCUACGACACUUCGACGAACUGUCUUGCUGUCCGCCUUAGCGAUGAAAAUUGCUCGUCGGCCCGGUCUCUCUUGUGGGUUCCUGCAACUCGCAAAGCUGCGAGUAUCGCCUACGAUGCGGCGGCAGCGCGCGCUGGAGAGGCUGUAGCUUCUGCCAGUGGAAAAAAUGCGUUUCCGAGGAAGCGCGUACGCGAAGAAGAAUCCGAGAGAGAAGACGACAGCGCAUGCGAACUGUGCGAAUGGCGCCUUGUCGCGGCAGGCCUCCACGGCGUCAUCUCGGAGUGGAAUCUGCGGACGCAGCGCAUUCAGUCCGAGUCCCCUUCGUAUGGAGGUGCAAUCUUUUCUCUCUCGUCGCCGCCUCAUGGCGCCCCUGCGAAUUUCUUCGCGGCUGCUUGCGACGACGGCCGCGUGAGGCUCUUCGCAGUGCAAGGCGCACCGGCGCGGGCGGCGAUGGGGCAGGAGGCAGACGACGGCGAAGUCGGAGCAGAGGAGGACGGCAUUUUGCUCAAGGCGUCUCUGCCCAAGACUGCAACGCGUCUCCUCUCCGUCGCGUGGUACGCCCCUGGUCUGUUGUUCGCCGCCACUGCUGCGUCGACGAUUCUCCGCUUCUCUUCUUCUUCACUUUCCGAUCGCGCCUCGGCCGCCUCGUUUGCGUCUGUCUUCGGCGCAGGGACCUUCGUGGCCGAUGGAAAAAUGAUUUUGAUUCAUGGGUCCCGUGGACGCCAAUACCGACAGAAAGAUGGAGAAGACGCUCAGAUAGAGAGCAAAAGAGGAGCGUCGCCAGUGCUCGUCUGGUGUCUCUAUUCUCUUCCCUCCGUUCGCUUGCUCUUAAGCGGAGACAGCACAGGCUGUGUGACCGUCUGGUCGGUGCCGACAUGCGUGGCGCUUCGUCGCCUGCAGUUGCAUGCCGCGGACGUUCUGAAUCUCGAGGCGCAUGCAGCCGUGGCCUUGGGCGGGGCUCUGGGGAAACGCGGAGACGAAAAAGGCGAGAACAGGCAGGCGCUGUUGAGAGAUCGGGCGAUGGUCACGGUCGUCUCGUCGGGCGUUGAUGGAAAGUUGGCUGUUGCAGUUCGACAAAAGGAAGGCGACUGGGUCGCUGGCCCAGCCAAGUAUCCGCAUAAGUGCGAUAUUCGAGGCCUCGCCCUCCUCCCUCUUUUGCUUCAAGGGAAUGCCGCAGGGACCCGAAAGAGGCUUCUUCACCUCGCUUCUCCUUCCUCUCUUGUUGCCUGGACCGGAGCCGUCGACGGCGCCAUCCGAUGCAGCGAACGCCUCACAGGCCUAUCCAGUGUGAGAGGCCCGCCGCCCAGCCUGCCGUUUCAUCCCUUGGCUGCUGGCAUCCUUCCACGCAUCAGCGUCGCCGGUCGGGGGAACGAGGGUCUCGUCUUGGCUUGCAGUGACAGCGGCCUCGAACUUUGGAAUGUCGGCCCAGUUGCUUCUGGCCCUCGUCCCUCGCCGUUGCAUGACUCUUCUUCGCUUCCUGUCUCCCUUUCCACGUCCGCCUCGGUUGUGAAGCUCCUGCGUGUCAGUCUCCGCGAUAAUUUGAGGCCUCGUUGCAGUGACCUAACACCGGAUGGGACGCUGGUGGCUGCCGGCAGUCGCCGUGGUCUUCACCUCUUCGGUGUGCAUCUCAAAGAGUUGGAGAUCGUCGACGUCGAAGGCGGGCGCGGCUGCGACGCGGUGCGCGACGUGCGAGCGCUUCGGUUCCUCAGCGACACUGUCCUUGCAUGUUGUUGCUCGGUUUCUCGUUCCAAGAAGAGUUGCCGGCGCUUCCGGUUUUCUUCCGAACUUGCGGACAGGAAAUCGGUUCUCUCACGCAACGCCAGCCACGGCGAAGAGAGCGACGCGGAGGCAAAGGGCACUGAAGAGACUCUGAAGAAGAAGCGCACGGCGGAGAAGAACCGCCAGGCCGACUCUCAAGCUCCCGUUGAAUUGCAUGUUCAGCACAACAAGGAGGCGGCCAUUGCCUUGGCGACUGCGGCCGUUGAGGCAGAGUGGAGUGCACUAGACGAUGCAGAAAACGAGCAAGGAACCGUGUUAGGCGGAUACCGUCUUGUGUUCCUCGAUGUGUGGCGAGGUGGCAAGGUCCUGGCGGAGCUCGGGCCGUUUCCCUACCCGAUUCGGUCUUUCGACGUCUCCGAUGACGGCUCUCUGCUGUCUUGUCUCUUUUCUCUGGGGUCACUGCUCGUCGUUUCACUUGCAGAUUUCUCGCCUGUUCGUUUUUUCCGCGGCUUCCCGCAGUCGAUUCGGACGCCGAUUUCUUGUUCUUGUUUCUCUCCGGCUCUGCCCGUCGGGAGCGAUGCCCGAAGGCGCCGGCGCAGCAUCUGCCUUUUCUCCACUAGGAGACAAUACUGUAUCGUUCCCCUUUUGGACGAGCGUGUGGGAGAGACGGCGCGCUGGGACGACACUGCAGAAGCGGAGGUCUUUGGCCAAGCCGAGGAGGCAAGUGCAGAAGUUGCGGCAGAUUAUGGAGGCAACAAAGCUCUGAAGGCGACGAAGAAGAAGCGAAAAGAUCGAGCGGUUUCAGAGACACCUCAACGUGCGGACGAGGACGGGAGCCGCGGAGACGAAAGCACAAAAAGAGGAAGAAAAAUCAAAGUCAGACGGAUCCCGGCUUCUUGCAUCGCACCUUCAGACGGCCCCAUCAUCAACGCUUUGUGGUUGAGCAAGAGCUGGUUACCUUCGCAGCUGGAAGUUGAGUGCCGCGGUUCUCAGUCUUCCGGUGUUGUGCCGACUUCUGUUGCCUCCUCUGACUCUUGUUCUAUCCUUCUCUGUCUCACUCCGUCUGUAGUUUGUCGCCUGCCUACUCUGUCGGCUGCUCGCCAUCACACGCUCAGCGCGGCUGCAAGGCGCGACGCUCCCUUGGGGUCUCCUUCUUUGCUUGCUUCGUCUCACACGCCUUCUGUGGACGGUCACCUUACCUUGGAGGCUGUCCGGGAAAGCGAAAGAGAGAAACGAAAGGAAGACAAGAAGUCACGACCGCUUCGUCCAGCGCCGUCCAGUGGAAGCAGCGAGUCUGAAGUUGAGGAGGACGAUGACGAGGAAAGUUUUCCUUUGGAGGCAUCUGGUGGAGCCCGAGGAGCAUUCGGUCUCCACACCCGUCCGCUAGUUGAGGAUCUUUGUCUCUCGCCGUCGGUCUCUCGAUCUCGUUCUGCAUCUGGCUUCCCCGCUGCCAACGUCUCCGUCGCCCUUCUUCCUCUGUAUGCCUCUGGGCGAGUCCCGCAUUCCCUCGCUGCUCUUUCAACUGGCAUGUUCGAGCUUCUGUCUCCGUCACUUCGGCGACUCUGGCUGCUCCACUCUCAGUGUUCUUCGCGUCCGGGAGGGAGCAAAGAGGAACUGAAGAAAGCGCCAGUGGUAGGCAUCAAGGGCGAACAAGUGACGGCUCUGUGUGGCCCUCGCCCUAGCCCAAGACCCUCCCUAUCGACGACUUGCUCCUCGCCGUCGUCUCUGUCCUCAGGCGCGGGAGCGGGGAUGGAGACAGAAAAGCAAGGAGAUGGCAUCUCAGACUUGGCAGGGGUGAAGAGGCGGGGGGAGAAAGAAGGUGGCUCCGAUGCCAGUGUGGCUGAGGGGAGAGAGACGGCCGGGGCAGUUCCUGUCGUCGACAAGGCAAAGUUUUCGGUUCUGCGCCGAAGUCCUGGCCAUGGCUUUCUUUCGCUGCUGCUGCUGGCAAAUCGCCAAGACGCGGGGAAGAAGAAGGGCAAGGGCGGCGAAGCAGAGAAACGCAUGCAGGGCGGAGGCAUUCUCAUGUUGAUCGAGGCCUUGGACGGCGCCGCCGGAGAGCCUGAAAACAUGGAGGCGCCCUUCAACAGAAAGCGCUACGGCACGUAAUUGGAGAAGACUCGAGAAAAUGCGGCCUUGAUCAAUGAUCAAAGCAAGACAGGCGCGAGACAAAACAGCCCACAGGAUGUACAAAACACAAUGCUGAGAGGUGAUGUGUUGAGGAGAGGGAAAGCACUGCAAGCGUUUGUCGGCAGGAAUUCAUUCGUCUCCUGGCUACCUUGCAAACCCUGUAAGAGACAGUUCCGUCUUCUCACUUCGGCCAACGCAUCCUCCCUGUGACAAGAGGCACGGACAGUCAGUCGUCUCGCGUUUCCCUGAUGCUCAGGGGAUACAUGUUAGGCUGCCUCCCCUAGGGGGGGAGGGAGACGUUUUUUAUUCAAGGACAACAGCAGUGUCGCUAUCUUCAUAAGUGAGGCAACCGCGUAUACUGAAAGGUCCUGUGUUCAGACCACUUUAGAACAGGGAAGAAAACUGUCAUCUGUUUUGGGGUCCGAGGUGCCGCUGUGGAUGGUGUGAUCAGAAACCGAUCAAUGUUCUUCGUGGAAGCCAUCUGCUCUCUUGCCUCACAAAAGGCGUUCUAAGCUUCUCUGGAUAAAUAGUUCUAAUAUGCAGAGACGCGUACUUUUUCCCCGUCAAAGGUCCACCUCGGUGGUGCGACUAUCAGGCAUUCCGAGAGCUGAAGGCAGCUACAGUUGCCGCUUGGCACGUUGCCCAGGGGUAGAGGAAACAUUUAGGGAAAGGAAUUUGAAGGAACCGGCGUGUCAUAGGCAGAAGCGGGACGACAAAUGGAGCUCUCUAUCUUGUCGGCUACGAGCGCUCUGAACAAAGACGGUUCCUGACCGCGAUGUAACGUGCUGUCUAGUUCAGUGACGCAGCUGGUCUGUUACGAAGAUCCACGUUUUUCUCUUUCACGUCAUUUUUUGUCUUCGGUCCCGCAGUUGUGGAAGCGUCACGUACGUAGACUGCAAAAGUAAACUGGUGUUAGCAUAAGCAGUUCUCGAUCUUACUGAUGAAGUCAUCGGUAGAGUCUACGAAUAAAGAUCACUAACCCUGAACCUUAAAAAAACGAGAAGUGGAGAGGUCGCAAGGUAACAACUUAUGGAAUAUU